ACAUGAUAAAUUGUCUUCAUUAAAAUCCAACAGCAAUUUAGUUAAUUAUCUUGUGUUAAUUUAGUAAAUCAACUCAUUUUUUCUAGUUUUUCUUCUUCCUCAAUAAUCAUCAUGUCGAAAAUGUUUCAAAAGAUUUCAAAGUUAUCGAUUUCCGAUAUACUUGAGUUCAUGUCAUUCCUCAGACUGGACAUUUACUUUGCCCUUCUUACUUUUGGUUUCAUGGUUCCUUCAGUACCGGUCAGUCAGUUUAUCCAAGACAAGUAUUGUAUUAAUCAACUUAAAUUGGAACCAUCGGUUUGUUUAAAUUUGGAAAAAUUAGAUGGACAAUAUGAGACAAUUAAAAACGAUGUUUAUACAUUUUCGACAACAUUUAAAAACUAUCAACACUUAAUCAUAACUCCACGGGAAUUAUCUUGGCCAUUUUCAUGGGCUAUUGGAUGGACACUUAUCCAUCUCAUUUGAAGUACCUUUUGGCCCUCCCAUGUUUCGGUGGCUGUUUACUGAACUCAUUUCAAUCUACAAUGUGAUCUAUUUUGAAUCAAGCAUUUUUAAUCUACUCUGGGGAUCGAUACCUUAUUUUAUGACCGGUGGUUUCUUCAUUGUUAUGACUGGUUCGUACACUUAUAUUACCCGACGGACUCCGGCCAAAUAUCGAGCUGCAAGAUUUGCUGUUUUUGAACUGUUCAUGUUCACAUCUAUGCCUUUGGCUAUUGCUCUGGGUGGAAAGGUUUUAGCCCUUAAGCCUUGGAUAAUUGAUCAACAUCGUAAUUACUUGGCAGUGUUUAUCAUCGCUUUUGCUUGUAAAUUAAUCGCCAUGAUUUGGAUUCUACUUUUACUCAAUGAUGCAGAUAAGCCACUCGAAGACUCUGAUAUCAGAUUAGAUUCCAACGGUGAUAAAGCUCAAAGGAUUAACACCAACGGUAGUACCCAAGAAGAUGAAAUAACUUCACCAACAGAGCAAUUGAAAGAUUGGCAAGAUAAAGAAAGGAAUGGAAUUGAUAAUGAAAAUAAUCAACAUCUCGAUUUCAAUGACGAACAAGCAAUUGAAUUGGAACCAUUGAAAAGCGAAAACAACAUAGUUAAAUCGUUGGAACUCAAUGGAAAAGAAAAACAUGAAAACAUGGAAAAACCCACUGGUUGUUUACCAAUCAUGUUCGAUAUUUUCAAUCCAUCAACUUUCACCACCAUGAUGAAAGUUUGCUGCCGAAAGCGACCAAAUAACGGACGGGCAAUCAUUUGGAAUCUAAUGUUGGCCAUGAACGUGAUGUUAAUUGGGCACAUUGGUGAAGGGACAAUCGGGUUUCCUUUUGCUCAGAAAGUUUAUCAUUGGGAUGCUACUUAUUACUCUUAUAUUAGUUCAAUGACUAUGCUGAUUCCAACUCUGAUUAACACCAUUUUACCAAUUAUAUUGAUCCAUAAGUUUCACUUGGCUGACACAACCCUCGCAAUUAUUGGUUCGAUAUCGUUGAUUUUGUCCCUAACAAUUAAAGGUGGAAUCCUUGAGUCUUAUGCUUUUUUCCUCUCGGUUAUCGUUGGAAUUUGUGGUGGCUUAUUACCGAUCGCCAUUCGAUCAAUCAUUUCUCGAAUCAUUGACCAAUCGGAAGCUGGUCAAGUUUACGCUCUUUUGGCUUGUAUUGAAUCAUCUGGUCCAAUGGUCGCAUCAAUCGUUUAUUCAGCCAUUUUCAACUGGACAAUUAAGGAUCUUCCUGGAAUUGUUCAUCAUUUUGUUGCGUUAACCAUGUUCUAUCCUUUUAUUGUGUCUCUCUGGUUGGAUUGGACAAGACAAAAUUGGGAUUCGACAAUAAAUAAGGUUGACAAUAAAAAUGAACAAAUCAAAUCAACCGAAUUGAAUAAGGUUGAUGUUCACUGAUCUCUAAUUGCAUCAUCCCAUUAAUUUCUAAUUAAUUAACCUUGUUAUCUGAUCAAAAUUUAAUUUACUAAAUGCUUCAACUGUUUAUUGUUAUAAUCAAUCAUUUUAAUCAAUUAAAAGAGCAAAGAAUUAAUAA